AUCCGAUCUGAACCCCGAACCAUGCAUACUUGGUGGAUUAAACAGUUCGGUUCAGGUGAAAAUUUUCAGAAUUGUCGGUUUCGGAUAAAAUAACUAAACCGGAUAAAAUGUUCGGUUCGGUUUGAGUAUUUCUUUUAACAUUUCGUAGUUAAAAGCAACAUCCAAAAGCAAAAACACACGCCGGAGAGUUUUCUAAGAACAACAGUGACGAAAAGGUUUUUAGGGUUUCUUUACCAAUCAGAAUCUCCGCCAAGUAACGAUUUUCAGAUUCCGAAGCAGCAAAGUUCAAAUAAUUUCCGAACUGUAACAUGGCGGCAACUACUGGACUUGAGACUCUCGUCGAUCAGAUUAUUUCGGUGAUUACAAAUGACGGACGCAACAUUGUGGGAGUUCUUAAAGGUUUUGACCAGGCUACAAAUAUAAUCCUUGAUGAAUCUCAUGAACGUGUGUUUUCCACAAAGGAAGGAGUACAACAACAUGUGUUGGGUUUGUACAUCAUCAGAGGGGACAACAUAGGUGUUAUCGGGGAGCUGGACGAGGAGCUUGAUGCUAGUCUGGAUUUUUCGAAGCUGAGAGCCCAUCCGUUGAAACCCGUAGUGCAUUGAUUGAAUAUAGUUAUGGUGAGAAAAUCUAAUUCUCUCAUUCAAAGCCUAAAAACAAAGAGAAGAUUUGAUUGUAAACAAUUUGGAUAGUUUGUUUUGAUGUCUGGAGUUGUCUUAUUUGUGUAUCCUAAGGACAAAAGCUAUAUGAUAUUUUAUGUCUUAAACGUUUUGGUCGGAAACUUAAAUCAUACAAUCUUUUGGACGGACCUAGGUUUGCUACUAGACCACAA